UCACUAGACUCACUACUAGACUCACUACCACCACCCUCCACCAAUAAAACCAAUCCUCCUCUCCGUGUCUCUUUCCCACUUACCUUUUUUGCUACUUUCUCUCUCUCCUCUCACUCAUUCAUUCAUUCAUUCUUCUUCAACAUUCUUUCUCUUUUCCUCUGAAACUUGCCUGCUUCAAGAGGGUUUUGCAUCAUCUGAAAAAAGCUCCCUUUUUCUUUAUAAAAAAUAAAUAAACAUGGGAUGUUAUAGAAAUAGGUUAAUUCUAUCAUUACUGCUCAUUUUCUGCAUUUUUAAGGAGAUAAUUGCCUUUUCUGGGGUAAUUAGUGAAAAUAAGCUACCCUUAAUCUCAUUUGAUGAAGGCUAUUCCCAUCUCUUUGGAGAUGAUAAUCUGAUGGUUCUUAGAGAUGGAAAAUCUGUUCUUCUUUCUCUUAGUGAAAGAACAGGUUCUGGAUUCAUGUCACAAGACCUCUACUUACAUGGGUUUUUCAGUGCUUCAAUUAAACUGCCUGCUGAUUAUACUGCUGGGGUUGUCGUUGCAUUCUAUAUGUCUAAUGGUGAUAUGUAUGAGAGUAAUCAUGAUGAGAUCGAUUUCGAGUUCUUAGGGAAUAUCCGAGGGAAGGAAUGGAGGGUUCAAACGAAUGUGUAUGGAAACGGUAGCACGAGUGUAGGUAGAGAAGAGAGAUACACGUUGUGGUUCGACCCUUCCGAGGAAUUUCAUCGUUACAGCAUACUGUGGACUGAAGAUCAAAUCAUAUUUUAUGUGGAUGAUGUUCCCAUUAGGGAGAUAAGGAGGACAGCAGCAAUGAUACGCGAUUUCCCUUCGAAACCAAUGACAUUAUAUUCUACAAUAUGGGAUGCCUCAACCUGGGCCACCAACGGUGGCAAGUACAAAGUGGAUUAUCGGUAUGCACCUUACGUAGCUGAAUUCUCCGAUCUCGUUCUCCAUGGUUGUGCGGUUGAUCCGAUCGAACGGUCUCGAAAAUGUGACGACAUUGCCUCCGUCGACGGUUCAAUUCCAAGUGGCAUCACCCCAUUGCAAAAGAUCAAGAUGGCAAACUACAGGAAGAAAUACUUAACCUAUUCAUAUUGUUAUGACAAGUCUAGGUACAAGCUUCCUCCUAGUGAGUGUGUCCUAGACUCUAGGGAGGCGGACCGCCUAAAAAGAUUCGACCCGGUUACAUUCGGAGGAAGCAAACGCCACCGUGGGAGGCGUCACCACCGCGGUACCACUCGAAACGACAAGGCUUCGAUAUAAGUGCAUUCCCACACAUCAUUGGUAGCCACAGUUUCUCCUAUCCCCUACAUUAUUAUUUUUGGUCCAUAGAUGUUUAGAUAAUUUGUCUUAUCUUUUUGUUCACAUGAAUAUAGAAGAAAAAGGACAAAAAAAAGGUGGUAAGAGAGCGCAUAGAUAUAUUAAUGAUUAAUGGGUUAGGUAUCAAUUAAGUUUUAUCAUAAUAUCAAAUGGGUGGGUAUGUAAAUAAUUGUUACAUUUUGUUGGAUUUUGUUUGACCCAUAGGCUUAUUCAUGGAUGUUGUUCCUUUUUUAUUUUUUCUUUUAAAAGUAUUGUAAGGUCGGUCAUGUAUGUGUUUGUGAUUUCAAUAAAUAUUUAGCGCGCAAUGUGGAUUCCUUUC